CCAAUGCUUGUUUGACAUCGAAACUGCCACAUUUCAAGUUGCAUUCCUUCGCUGCUGCUUUGCUCGGUAUCCGCUUUGCCACCACAUUUGCUCCAAAUAUUUUCUCAUACGAUUGCUUCAGAGUACCGAGCUCUCUACGAAGCCCCAUAAUUACCCAGCAGCAGUAUCUUCGUGCCUAGUUAUUAUUAGACCGCAAGACUGCGUGACGGUCGAAGCACACGCGAAGCACACGCGCGCAACAGCUGUGCGACUCCUGCAUCGAUCCGACAUGCUUGGUCGCCGAUAAAGGGGCCUGUCUGGACGCGCAACAUGACACUUGUCGUUUCUAUAUAGGAUGGACGAUCCAUGGGGCUCUCCAUGGACAACAGCGACAGCCGACAAGGACCAGAAACGUCCCCCCUCGCCCUCUAAAUCCGACCUCGAGCCUCCCCCGCGCGCGUUCUUCUCCGCCUCCUCCUCUCCCCGGAUCCCGGCCGUCUCGGGUGAGUCGCCAUGGGCCGAUGAUGCCGACGGGUUUGGCGACUGGGCGGCCCCUGACGCGCCCUUACCGACACAAUCCGGAUGGGGCGGCGGAUGGGGCGGCGGAGCACUAAGUCCGAACCUGGUCUUGCCGGCGCGCGAUGAUUUUGCCAAGACAAGCCCGAUCGCCUGGCCCGGGAACAUCGCGCUUCCGAAGCCUGCAAAUGGCGCCGCGCUUCGACAGCUCUCGCCCGAUCCGUGGUCCGUCGACUUCUCUACGCAAAGGUCUUCGAACGAUGGGCUGUCCACGCCUCGCUUGGUGAUUGACGCUCCGCAGCGUGCAGACGCGCCGGACGAGAAGCCCAAGGAACGAGGCCGGGGAACUGAUCCGGCAUGCAAUCCGGCAUGGCACGCCGAUGAAGAGAGCGGCCUCGAUGGAGCUAGGGGCGCGAACGAAGAAACACGUCCUACGUUUCUUCCCACGAGUAAGGAUGCUACAUUCGAAGAAUCGACAGAGAACAAGGCGUCCGAGUAUGUCCCUGCACGCGUCAGCGUCGAGUCGGCGGCCGAAAGCCAUGGGUCGCGCUCCUCCUCGCCGUCUGGAAACGAAACAGACCACGAAGACGAGCGGCAGGACUCGCCGAUCACGUCAAUCGACGAAGACUCCAGGGCACGUCAGCAAGUUUCCCGGAAGCUCUCAGAGAAGGUGCAACAACUGGUCGAGAAGUUUGACGGGCUUGCCCGAGCGGCAAGCCAAGAGCCUCGCCCGGUUAGUCGCAGCCACAGUACAUGUCCCUCGAAUUUGGAUAGGAACUAUUCAUCGGAUGACGGCGGCGACUUUGGGGACUUUGAGGACGCGGACGAGGGUGGACAGCCGCCUGCGCUGUACAGUGACACGGCAAUGACGCCAAAACCACAAGCAGCUGAACCUGUACCUGAAUCCGAUGAUCUUUCGACAGCAGAGUCGACACCCGUGUCUGCUGAACAUCCCGUUGAGUUGGAGCAAGUGGGGCAGGCGGGGCAGGCCGAGCAGGCUGAGCAGGUGGCUGGCAGACCGAGCCCUCCAGAGUUUAAAGCCGAUCUGGCCAACGUGGAGAGGCUGUUCGGGCUUGCGGGAGCGGACAGCACUGAUGGCGUCCUUGGCGUCGAUGGUGAUGUCUCGGAUCAAAUCAUAACCGACAGCUUCACCGAGAUUUCAGAACGCAAGACGUGGUAUCGAAUAUCUCGCCUGGGAUCCUCACGGAAGCACAAUGCCGGAGAUGAAGACAGCUACAGACGCGUUGUUUGGCCCACUUCGUCCAUACACCAAGAUACGCUCAAAGUGGUUCGCCGGUGGAUGGAAGAAGACUCGAUAGCAGGGCGAGUAACGCUUGGUGGCGGCGUGUCCAAGAAUCAGAAGAACAUGUUUGGUUGGGAUUCGUCUGCCAAGCCCAUCGGACUGGAUGCAGUUUACAGGAAAAAGAAGGCACACUCGAGAAAGUCCUCGCUCCAGGCUUUACAGACUGCCGGCAAUUCCGCGCAAGGGAUAGAAGUCCCGGCGAGAAAGGUCUCUGGCCCCCUACGCAGCCCGAACCGACGAAAAUCCAGCAUCACAGAAGCCCCCGUGGCCUCAUUCGGUUGGAGCACAGGCUCGCCGGCCCAACAAACGCAAACGCAAACGCUGCCACCUAAGCUAUCUUUACAGCCUUCAAGACCUGUUGUAGCGCCUCUUGAGCCGCCAAUGCAAUCGUCACCGGCACUGGGUACACCAGUUUUGAUUCAGCCGCCCCUUUCGAUCUCGACUGCGAAGUCGUCGGUUGUAACCAAAUCGCUACCGCAACCCCAGGACGACGAUGACGAUUGGGGUGAAAUGGUAUCGUCGCCCUUGGAGUCGGAACCUGUAGCGAAUGGGUUCCAGAGUCUUGACGAUGCUUUUCCAUCUCAAACUUACCACUCUACCGUUGUGCCAACUGCCAUUGAUCACACACCGGUCAAGCCAAAAGCGCAGGGCGAAGUUGGGGUCGACAGCAAGCCUGCGGCAAUACCAGCGGCAAUACCAGCGGCAAUACCAGCGGCAAUGGAAUCGGUAUCUAACCAGGACUUCAUUCCCUCAACGCCCCUCCCGAUUUCGUCCCCUCUUGUCGUGUCAGACUCUGUGGGCGCUGACUACGCACUUGGAUCUCAACACUACGACGAUAGCGAUAUAGUCGGGGAAAUUAUCGCCAGCCUUCCUGACCUUUCCUAUAUGCUACGCUGA